AUGGGGCGACCAGACUUGGGCCUUGGUCUCGCUGAAAGCGGGUUGCCGGCGCUGAGGAGGCAGUUUCCCCAUGUGGAGGUGGAUGCCUUGAACCUCUUCCUCGAGUCGAGCGAUGGGGGCUUGGCGGCCGACUCGCUAGCGGCCUUGGCUGACAUGGAACAGGAAGCGGCGGCGAGCAAAGAGGACCAGUUUGGCCAUUUGCCAGUCCGUGGCUGCAGGGUGGCCAGAAGAGAGGGAUGUGGGUCUCUGCAGGUCGUCUUCGAGGGCGGGGACAGUCCGCCUCAUGUAGGCACGGUUCUGUCAAUCGCGGGCUUUGGGGAGCUCGCGAAGUGCGAGAAGGAGGUGCUGCAGGCCGGCCUUGUCCUUCCCACCGGCGAGGUCUUGUCGCUUCAGAUGGGAUGCGAACCGACCAGCUUUCUGCUGCAGGAGUUUGGCAUGCACGAACUGCGGGUGUGCAGCGGUGGUGCGGAGGUUGAACGUUGUUGGUUCAUGGUGAGCUCCCCAUUGGGUGAGUAUGGUGACGCCCUUGAUCUGUUCAACGAUGCGUACGACUGGGCCUGGGAUGGAGCCUGGACAUCUGACCUCGAAGAUUCCGUUCUGAACCUCCUAGUCGCUCUAGAUGAACGGUUUGAAGCCGUCGCAAGUGGGUCUGGUGGGUUCCUUGCUCAGUCGCUGAUGUCUACCUUGUCCUCGCCAAAGAAGCGCAUGGAGAAGAACUUGUCGAAGGCUUUGGAGUCGCAGGACCCCCUGGCUUUAGGCCGGGCGGUCGGCUGCAUCCGGGCCUUCAUCUUGGGGCAGAGCCUCCUGGACAUGUUUGCUCCCGCUGGUCAGGAUCUGCAAAGCAGUGCCUUCUACCAAAGCAUCGUGGCUUUCGAGCGGGCGCGCUUGGAGGCAGCGUCGGCCCCGAAGCGGGAGGAGCUCCAGCAAUCACUGCGACGCCUGGUCCUUGCUGCCGAUGCCCACGUGGCUGACUUGUACAACUCCGGCAAGGGCCAGGACUUCAUCAAGCGAUGGACUGGUGGACUUCGUGCAGACAUUUCCGCCAUGCUGGAGGGCUCAUCGAUGCACCCCUUGCCAUUCCAGCAGAUGAGAGGAGGAGGAGGUGGCUAUGUUGCAGACAUGAUGGCCUCCAUGGCAGAGUCCUUCCACGGCACAGGAGGCCUCGGCCGUGCAGAGACGACCGAGGCCAUGUCCACGCUGCCUCCGCAGGCCACGUUCUCCAUGGCACAGUCAAAGAUGACCCGCUGGACUGAAAGCCUCGUGGACGAGCAAAUUUGCGUCGGCAGCCCAAUGUCCCCGUGCGAAAUCCAUGCCAGAGAGCCUGGUGUUCAGAAUGUGCUGGCGGCGCUUCAUAGCACAUUGAGCCUGGGCUUGGGCUACGUCUCCUCGCAAGGUGAUGGCUCCGAUUCCUCGAAGCUGGUGGCGUUGCUUGACCGAGUUCGUGCAGCAUUGCCCCUGCACGCUCCGCAGGAUUUCUUGCAGGACAAACGUCGGCGCGAGCGGCUGAAGGAUGUCUGCCGUGUCCUACGCGCGGCACGGAAGAAGGGUCAGCAGCUGAAGCUCUGCGUGAAUUUGAACUUCACCAAGGCGUUGAACGCGCUGCGGGAGCAUCAUGAGGACAGCUGGGUCAGUCCUGCGCUGGAGUCUGUAUGGGAUCUUAUGCUGCAGAUGAAGCGAGUGUUCGGCUUCGAGCUCUGGCUCCAUGAGGAUGGGCAAGGACCCCAGCUGAUCGCAGCGGAUUUCGGACAUGCACAUACUUUUGGCCGUGCCUACUACGUGGCCACGCGCUUCUUCGACCGCAAACAUCGGACCUUGCAGCCCGGCUUCCUCUUGGCCUACGCAGAGGCAGAAUGCUUGCGCCGGGCUGGCUUCGAGCUUUGGGACCUUGGUGGCGCGGACCACUCCCCGAUGAUGCAAUACAAGCCGCAAGUGGCCAUCGAGAUGCACCGUAGCGAAUUUCUAUUGCGGCUCCGCGAAAUUGCCAGAGCUGAAUACGCGGCAAUUUCUGAGGACAAGCAGACCUCCAUCCCGAGUUUGUCUGAAAGUCAGCAGAAGCCCUUGACCGAUUUGGCGGCGGCGCCGCCACCUGGGGGUGAGCGGGUGCCGGUCGGAGUGGUCUUCGAGGACCUUUCAGAGGACGAUCUUUGGGGUGCUGCCGCCCUCAAGGCCGAAAGCUCCGCAUCCAAACCCGGCAAAGCGCCUAAGGUAGCGGAGGCGAAAGGCAAGAAGUCCAAAAAGCAGGCGCAGAACACGGAGGCUCCGGCACGAGUGGUUCAAUCCACGAAUGGGGUGUCUGAGAAGACUCCAUCGGGACAGCCGACCCAGGCAGAGGAACCAAAGCAAGCCUACGAGCCGCCCACGCGGCCAACGCAGCCUGCCAAGGACGAUGCCAAGCAACAGUUCUUGGCGGCUUUUCAGAAACUGGUGUCGGAGGGGCUCUCCGAGACUGAGGCAGCAGCCAGGGCAUUGCGAGUGGUACACAGUUGA